UGCGCGGAGCCGUAUGUCCGCGACGUGGACGGGGGACACGCGCGAAAACAAAAGGGGGGUGUGGGGUCUCCACGACCCUUUGCCGUCCAGAAGGCGCAAGGGGAUUGUGACCGAGACCUGGCCACACUAGCUCGCCCUACGCAGCCCCUUGGGAAACGGGCCUGGAAUUCCUGUUGGGAGGAGGGUGGGGGAAGGGGAGCCAGCAGGGAUUCCCGAGUUUCUGCCAUCGGCCGGCCUUUGGCCAUCAGCAUGGAGAAUUCGUGCUGUGACCUUACCAGUGGAGGAAAUGACCCCCGAACGCUGGCGUGUACUUCCUUGGUGAAGGGGACACAUUCAUUUAUUAAUCCAGUAGCCAUUAAGGUUCCCCUGCCGGGCGGGGUGUCGAGCCUGGGUGGGGGAGGGGGUUGUGGCUGGCGAGGACACAAAGAUGACUGCCCUAGAGGAGCUCAGAGCCUCACGCGUGUUUUCUCUCCCCUCCCCGCAGGUAAGGCUGGCCUCUCUGCGCUCAGAGGUCUGAGCUCUGCCAUGGGGGUAGGGGUGUCUUUACUGCUGCAGUUUUCUCUGACAUCUGGGGGCUACCAGAGUGUGGGCCGAAGCAGGCGCUACAGCCGCAGAAGUAUCCCCAGGAACAUCCCCCGGAGGAGCUGGAAAAAGCCUCAUCUCCAGCUCUACGGUCUGCAGGCAGAGGAAGAACCCAUGCUGGAACGUCGCUGCAGGGGCCCCCUGGCCAUGGGCCCAGCCCAGCCCAGGCUCUCUGGGCCCUCCCAGAAGUUGCCCCCGACCCUGGAGAAGGAGCCCCGCGGGCUGAGGUUACAAGGCACUUCCGUGGCCCAGUCGGGCAGCCAAGCCCCGGGCAGGGCCCAUCGCUGUGCCCACUGUCGAAGGCACUUCCCCGGCUGGGUGGCCCUGUGGCUUCAUGCCCGACACUGCCAGGCCCGCCUGCCCCUGCCCUGUCCUGAAUGCGGCCGGCGCUUCCGGCACGCCCCCUUCUUGGCGCUGCACUGCCAGGUCCAUGCCGCCGCCACCCCAGAUCUGGGCUUCGCCUGCCACCUCUGCAGGCAGAGCUUCCGAGGUUGGGUGGCCCUGGUUCUGCAUCUGCGAGCCCACUCGGCCGCAAAGCGGCCCAUCGCCUGUCCUGAAUGUGAGAGACGCUUCUGGCGACAAAAGCAGCUUCGAGCUCACGCGCGGAGGUGCCACCCCCCAGCCCCGGAGGCCCGGCCCUUCAUAUGUGGCAACUGUGGCCGCAGCUUUGCCCAGUGGGACCAGCUAGUUGCUCACAAGCGGGUUCACGUAGCCGAGGCCCUGGAGGAGGCAGCAGCCAAGGCUCUGGGGCCCCGGCCUAGGGGCCGCCCGGCCGUGACCGCCCCCCGGCCCGGUGGAGACGCGGUCGACCGCCCCUUCCAGUGUGCCUGCUGCGGCAAGCGCUUUCGGCACAAGCCCAACUUGAUCGCCCACCGCCGCGUGCACACGGGCGAGCGGCCCCACCAGUGCCCCGAAUGCGGGAAGCGCUUCACCAAUAAGCCCUACCUGACCUCACACCGGCGCAUCCACACUGGCGAGAAGCCCUACCCGUGCACGGAGUGCGGGCGCCGCUUCCGCCACAAACCCAACCUGCUGUCUCACAGCAAGAUCCACAAGCGGUCCGAAGGGUCCGCGCCGGGCGGCCCGGGCGCGGGGAGCCCCCAGCUUCCGGCCGGCCCGCAGGAGGCCUCGUCGGAGCCCCCCGCCGAGGCCCCGCUGAAACCCGCCCUCGAGCCGGCGCCCGAGGCCCCGGGAGCGCCCCCGCGGGCCCCGGCGGCCGCGCCCCCCUCGCUCUUCGGCUGCGAAGACUGUGGCCGCAGCUUCCGGCUGGAGCGCUUCCUGCGGGCCCACCAGCGGCAGCACACCGGGGAGCGGCCCUUCACCUGCGCCGAGUGCGGGAAGAACUUCGGCAAGAAGACGCACCUGGUGGCGCACUCCCGGGUGCACUCGGGCGAGCGGCCCUUCGCCUGCGAGGAGUGCGGGCGCCGCUUCUCCCAGGGCAGCCACCUGGCCGCCCACCGGCGCGACCAUGCCCCCGAGCGGCCCUUCGUCUGCCCGGACUGCGGCAAGGCUUUCCGCCACAAGCCCUACCUGGCGGCCCACCGGCGCAUCCACACCGGCGAGAAGCCCUACGUCUGCCCGGACUGCGGCAAAGCCUUCAGCCAGAAGUCCAACCUGGUGUCCCAUCGGCGCAUCCACACGGGCGAGCGCCCCUACGCCUGCCCCGACUGCGACCGGAGCUUCAGCCAGAAGUCCAAUCUCAUCACCCACCGCAAGAGCCACAUCCGGGACGGCGCCUUCUGCUGCGCCAUCUGCGGCCAGACCUUUGACGACGAGGAGAAGCUCCUGGCCCAUCAGAAGAAGCAUGAUGUCUGAGAGGGCAGGGGCUGCGGAGGCUGAGGGCGAGGGGGCCCCGGGAGCCCUUCACAGGGGAGCGUUGCCGUGGGCCUGGGCCGUCGGGGGGCCCCUAGGUUGCUGCUGGUGUAGGCGAGGGGUGGGAGAGGCAGCCAGUGAGCUGGGGGCCCUGGUAGAGAGGGAGGUCUGGCCCCCCUGCGGCCGGGGAGGCCACUGUCCGGGGCACAGGGACCCUGGCCUCCAGCUGGUGUUUGCUAAGGUUCUGUCCUGACUGUCCUGUGCCCUGGAAAAGUAGCAAUAGCAGCUCCACUUACCCCUUAGAGCCCUCUGGCUGGAGGGGCCACCAGGGGGCAGGAAGAAGACCCUUCCCCUCUGGUGUUAACGCCUUAAUGUCCUUGUCCUUUAUUAUGAAUUCCUUCCGCUGGGUUUUUUUUUUUUUUUUUUUUUUUUUUUUGGAAGUAGGUGUGGUACAGUCCUUAGUAAAUGAGCACUUGGGAGGAAAAGUGGACCAGCUGGAUACACCUGGGAGAACCUGCUGGCCUUGUUAGGCAGCACCUGGGCCUUUUCCAGCACUGAGAGGUGAGGCCGUGCUGCUGUAACCUGUCCCACCCUGUCCCCUUCCUCCUGCCCCUGCAUAGGCACCUGGACUGAGAGAGACCCAUCUGCUGUUAGCACUCAGCUCCACCCUGUCCCUCCCCACCGUCAACACCCCGCCCUCCCGGCGCUCUGAGCGUCCCCUGACUGUCAGCAGCCCUGUGUCCAGGCUUUUGUCUGAACACCCCAACCCUCCCCUCCUUCCGGAACUCAACAUGGUGGAAAGGACUGCCCCACCGAUAAUGUUGGGUCAGCCGGCAGGAAGAUAGGGGCGAGGUUCCUUUCCAGCCUUUCUAGGGCACGGAUGCCCAGUCUCGGCUUGAACACUUAGGUGACGGGUAGUCCCCACCUCCUGAGGCCCUGGUCCUAUUGUAGGAUAAUUCUAAUUGUUAGAAAUUCUCCCUUAGAAUGAAUGGAAUCUGCUUUCCUGUAAUUUCUACCUACUGGGGCUCCUUCUGUUCUCUGGAAUGAAACGGAACAACCACUUACCCUCCUUUUCAAACUAGAGAAUAAAGAUUUGGUUUUAGA